CCACACCUUGGUUUGAAUGAAUCAAAACCGGACAUCGGAAUGUCGCCCACCGAUCACGUCCUGCUCAUCCUGAUGCCCUGGGAUCCAGACCCGGCUUGGCUUGCAAGUCUGGCCGAUGUGAGCCCAGGAAUUGAGGUGCACAGCUUCAGGAUCAGUUAUCGAGAUGAGAAGCUGCCGGAGGAGGUACCCGCGGACUUGUGGGCGAGGACGACAGUUCUCUUCACGUGGAGAUCGUUUCCAACAUUGGAGAUGGUGCCAAGCUUGGUUUACGUUCAGCUGUUGUCUGCAGGGGCGGAUCACGUAAAAUGCGUUCCAUUAUUCAAGGAGCAGACGGAUAUCAAGUUUUGCACCGCUAACGGAGUCCAUCCACCCCAAAUGACAGAGUGGGUAUUUGCAACAUUUUUAGCCUCUCAGCAUCAGAUUCCUCAGUAUCUCGAGUACCAAAAGGCUCGCCAUUGGGAGCUUUCCCAAACCGAUGAAGAUGUCGAGGACGCAGUGGGCCUGCGUGUCGGGAUCCUCGGUUACGGAUGCAUCGGCCGCCAGUGCGCACGUGUCGCCCGCUCGCUCGGCAUGGAUGUGUACGCAUACACCCUCCACGAGCGAUCGACUCCUGAGUCGCGCCGCGAUGAAUCCUUUACCGAGCCCGGGCUGGGGGACCCUGAGGGGAUCUUCCCGUCCAGGUGGUUCCACGGGGAUGAGCAGCUGAGCGAGUUCCUAGGCUCGGGCUUGGACCUGCUCGUCAUCACGCUGCCCCUGACUGAAAAGACCAGGGGGAUGAUCUCGACCGACCAGUUCAAGCUUCUCGGCAAGAAAAAAGCCUACCUGAGCAACGUCGGGAGGGGUGCAAUUGUUGAUACGGAGGCGCUCAUGGAGGCCCUCGAUCAGGGGUUGAUCAGAGGCGCUGCCUUGGAUGUGACGGACCCUGAGCCAUUGCCCAGCGACCACAAACUCUGGGACUACAAAAACGUCAUCAUUACGCCCCAUGUGAGUGGCAAUUCUUUCAAUUACAAUAAAAGAUGUUUAAAAAUAUUGCGGUACAACCUCGAGCGGAUGUCCGAGGGGAAGGAGCUCGUCAACUUGGUGAACAAAGAGCUUGGCUAUUAA